AUGUCACCGUCGUCUUUCCUUGCUGCGCAGGCAUGGAGCCUUUACGGCACCGUGUCAGCCCAAGCCAACAGAGACAGCGCCGACGAGGAGCUGUCAAGAGCCAUGCAGUCGAUAGCAACUGAGUUGCUGAACGUGCUUGAGUCAGGUCCCAACAAGGACAUCAACAAGUCCUGGGUCACGUACAAAGUUGUGUCAGCUAGUGCCAAACGGGUCUUUGGCAUUUCCAAUGCGCCAUUUGACAGAGAAGAGCACUACCAGGCACGUGAGCAAGGCGACAGAUGCAACAUUGAGUCAGCUUUGCGCCAGCUGAGACAGAAACCUCUUGGGCAUGGGGUAAUCAUGGACAUCUUGUCAGGUGAAGAUUUGCGUUUACACUGGCUGAAUAUCCCGCCUGCUUUGAUGAGCCAGAGUGCCACACCUUCCUCAGUACCAGAACAGUUCAAAUCGGUUUCCGGGGGUGAGAUGAGCCAGACUCUCGCUAUGCCAGAUGAGGUGACAUAUGAGACAUACAUAUUGCCAUUUCAACAGAAGCUACAAAAGGAGCUUAAUGUGUCAAUCCAAGGAGACAGCAGCACGAUCACAUUUUCGGCCUUCACCUACCUGCGUCGUGGCUCAGAGGCAGCGCCAUUGGCCCUGGAGGCAGAGUGGCAUUUUGUCAGAGCAUGUCAAAUUUUUGUGGCAUGGCGGAGAAAGUGCGAUCAAACGCCAGCGGUGCCAGAUUUUGCCUUGUUUGUGCAUCGUGCCAUAUUUGACCAGGUAACCCAAGGGUGGCAGCAGGUUGUGUCAGACUGUGAAGCAAGAGAAAAAGCGAGGCAGCAAUCAGGUGUGCGCCAGCAGCGGAGGGAUCAGCCUCCCGCCAUUCUCAGGAGCCAUCCGUACUACUCGGGGCCAGAUAAGCCAUUUUUGACUGGGUCAGAACUAGCCAGAAGCGCGCCAGUUUACAUAAGCGACCUCCGAGCAACCAAGGCGGGGUCGCGACAACAGGAAUGA